AUGGCUCCUUUGCCUAGGGACCGUGUCGUCUCCACGGCGCCAUUUAACGUCGCCGGAGUGGACUACGCCGGGCCGGUCUCGUUGACUGCUUCGCGGGGCCGGGGCCGGGGCCGGGGCCGACGCGCCUUUAAGGGUUAUAUUGCCGUGUUCGUGUGCUUUACCACCAGAGCGGUCCACCUGGAACUCGUGGGCGAUUACACGGCGUCGGCGUUCUUAGCAGCGUUGCACCGCUUCGCGGCACGCCGUGGAACCCCGUCGACUCUUUGGAGUGAUCAGGGCACCACCUUCUUAGGAGCCAGUCUGGAGCUGCGCACUAACUUGUCUGACGUACUACGACAGGGGGGGCCGGUGGCGCAGGCCCUUGUUAACGACGGCACGGAGUGGAAGUUCAUCCCUCCUUCAGCUCCACACUUUGGCGGAUUAUGGGAAGCAAAGGUUCGUUCCGUGAAACACCACCUCCGGCGGGUAAUAGGCGACCGACCACUCUCCUUCGAGGAGUUUUCUACGUGGCUGGCUCGCGUAGAGGCCUGUCUCAACUCCCGGCCGCUCUGCCCGCUCACCGACGAUCCUGACGACCUGGGGGCAUUGACUCCGGGCCACUUCCUCAUAGGCCGUCCGCUCAACGCCAUUCCGGAACCAAGCACCGAGGGAGUCAGACCGUCCACGCUGUCCCGGUGGCAGCUCCUGCAGAGCAUGACGGAGCACCUCUGGGCCAGGUGGUCCAAGGAGUACUUGUCGCAACUCCAGGCGCGGCGCAAGUGGGCCAGCCCUGAGGACCCGCCACGCGUGGGAGAACUGGUAGUCAUCAUCGACGCCCGUUUCCCUCCCUCUAAAUGGGCUCUGGGACGCAUCCUCGAGCUGUUCGCGGGCCCCAAUGGUCAAACACGAGUCGCCCGAGUGCGAACCCAGGAGUCCGUACUCACGAGGCCCCUGGUCAAGCUAGUGCGGCUGCCGACCGGGGAAGCGGUCGCUACACCCGACACUCCAGCCCUUAGUUAA